AUGCGGAUUCUGCAAAUUUUCCAUCUUUAUCAGGAUAAUUCUGCGCGCUGUUGGAUCUUUGAAAAAAAUCAACUUAAAGAAGCUCCCGUGCACACAAAUUUCCCAGAGCUAAAAGAAUCAAUAGAUCUCUCAGUAGUAUCUCAUCAAUGCUUUGGUCUUACACUUGCACCUGGAGAAGUAAUGAUUGCUGUGGUCCGCAGCUUGGAUCCAAAUAUGCUAGAUCAGAUGUAUCAAGCCAGGACACAAAAGGCAGUGGUUGAGUUCAUUUGGAUUGGUGGUCAGUUCCUUGGCAUUCCACUAAACAAGGACAUUUAUAUCUCCAACAAACAAUCUGCAAAUUCAUCCGAGACUAACUUCUUAUGGUGGGGUUCCAACAUUCUUUGGUCAUUGAAGAAUUAUGAAAAAUGUGAAACCAGACUUGUCUUAUGGGAUGUCAUAGCUGCUUUACAAGUGCUCAUGAAAUCCGCACCAGCAUUUCUGGAGACACUAAUGCAUAAAUGGGUCUCAGAUUUGUUUUCAGAUGAUCAACAACGUGUUUCUAUCGAUACACUGUGUCAGUGUAAAAAGGACAUGAUGUCCAAUGUCAGCUCGCGGAAGCUACACCUGCUGAAUAUCAUUUGUAGGAAAGUAAUGCUUCGUGAUCCUGCUGGAGAAAAUGGUAAUAGCACGUCAACUGAUUUGUGGAGCAGUCUUCUAUUGAGCAGCGAAAGAGAGCUACGAGAGAGACUUGUGGCUUUCACUUUUGCUGCUGCCUUGAAUCGAAUGUCAUAUUUUCGCAAGGGUGCAUGUGCUGAAAACAUGUGGUUUCCUGUUGGUGUUGCCCAGAUGCGUUCUUGGGUGUCUAUGAACAGUGGAGGAGUGCAUAAUCAGCUCAGGUCUCUCAGUUCGACAAUUAAACGUCUUGGAAGCAGGAUCAACUCUGUGUGUGAAUACUCGGCUAAAGAAACCUGUGCCUAUUGCUCCACACCGGUUCACUUGGAGUCACCUGACAUAGCCUUGUGUGGAAGUGUCGAUCCUGCUAUUGUUCCCACGGAAAGGCACAAGCUGUCAAGAUGUGCAGCAUCGAUGCGCUUAUGCUCUGUUCUGGAACCAACCUGGUACUGUGUAUGUUGUGGAGGAAUGGUUGAUAAGCUUGUGCCCGAGACCUAUUUCACCAUGAAGACAUCUCCCUUGUUGGAUGCUGCAGAUCCAGAUGAUGAAUCGUCACUUUAUUCAGCACCUGCUGUUCCUCGUUGCCCCUUCUGCGGCAUACUGCUGCAAAGGUUGAUGCCAGAGUUCCUGCUCUCCGUCUCCCUGGUAUAG